AUGGCUCAACAUCAAAGGAAAAGGUUUAUAGGCGUAUUCAGUGGUUUGGGCAAUAAUGUCAACAAUAUGAUUGGCGCUGGGAUCUUUUCGUCUCCUGGUAACUUUGGGUACUUUGGUACUGUAUGGCGAAACGUCGGAUCACCGUGGAUUGCUUUACUGUUAUGGUUGGUCGGCGGAAUCGCGAGCUUUUGCGGCACGUUAACGUAUACAGAGUUAGGAGCUCAGUUUCCAACUGGUGCUGGUGAGACGACUUAUCUGGAACACAGCUUCCCGAGACCCAGUCUCCUCCUCAGUUACUCGUUCACCAUGGUGUACAUAAUAUUAAUUCGACCCGCUACAAUAUCGGCGGUAGCAAAUGUUUGUGCCCAAUACUUGCUAUUUAUGCUGGGAUUAAAUAGCAAAGGAUGCGAGUUAUACGAGGCGUUUCAUCCUCUAUAUUUUAACGGACACAAUUUCUGGAGACUCAAGUUAACUACAGUGGCAAUUCUUGCAGUGAUAGCUCUGUACCAUUCACUCUCCAACAAAUGGUCGAAUAAGAUCAACCAGGUGUUGGUUACGAUAAAAGUCUUAACGGUAUUAACUGUCGUCGUACUCGGACUAUCAUUCGCAAAAGCAUCGGCAGAGAGGGUGAAUAACAAAAACGUAAAUUGGGACAUGUUUUCUCCCGCCGGUCCAGCCUUUUAUCAGAACGUUAGCACUACGGAAUGGAUUCAAAGAUAUAUAACUGCAAUGCUAACGAUUCUGUUUGCGUACUCGGGCUGGAAUAAUCUCAAUUAUCUCACUGAGGAAUUUGAUACAGGAGAAUCCUCUAGGAACCUCUUGAUAAGUAACACAGGAGCAAUCGGGAUAGUAACCAUAUUGUAUCUGCUGGUAAAUCUUGCUUACACGGCGGUGCUGAACGUUGCCACCGUAAUCGGGGCUACGGGGUCGGAUCCUAACGAAAUUAUAGGCAUUUAUUUCGCCGCACAAAUCGACCAAGGAGAUGUCGAUAUUGCUGCUUCUGAUUUUUCCUUAACCAAAAUCAAAGGAGCGCGUGCGUUGAGUUUUUUUAUCGCUCUCAGUGCUUUCGGUGCUGCUGCCGUGUUGAUGCAAAG